CUCUCCAGGUUAGAGAACUAGUUCGGUUUGUGCGCCGCCGCCAACGACAGAUCGCGGCCGCCUGGUAGUUCGCUGGAGUGUGUGGUGAUAAAAGGAGCGAUGUCGAUUGCGUUGGAGAUAGGUGGGGGGAUCGGUGGCGCGGGAUUCAUCUGUGGAAUUGGAUGCGUGCCGAUCUAUGACUUGACGGAGAUCGAGAAGGAUCCGCCUCUACCGCUGGCGUCUCCUUCUUCGUCUUCGUUUGCGUCAUCUUCGAUCGGGGAAGAGAGCGAUGGCGUGGGUCGAGAGUUAGAGGACGAUGAGGGAGCCGGGAUGGGGGAGGUGCAAAGCGCGUACAAGGGUCUGCUACAGGGAAUGGAGUCUAUGGAGGAAUCACUGCCGAUUAGGCGAGGCAUUUCCAACUUCUACGCUGGCAAGUCCAAGUCUUUCACAAGCCUCUCAGAUGCCAUAUCCUCCUGUGCUUCUACCAAGGACCUGGCCAAAGCAGAAAAUGCUUAUUCUCGUAGGCGAAGGAAUCUCCUUGCAUCCAAGAUCUUCUGGGAGAAACCACAAAGCAAUCUGUUGAGAAGUCCAUCGGGCGGCAUAGCUAAAAGGCCAGCUGCUGCUCACAAACGAAGCCCGCUGGCCCUUGCUGUAGCAAUGGGCGGCUCUCCAAGAACUAGUAAUAUAAGUGAAUAUCAAGGCGAAAACCACCAGUUUUUACCCCAACCAGCCAAAUCCACAACUGGUUUUGAAGAUCCAGUAAACAGCUCUUCUUCUUCUUCUCAGCUUUGCUCUUUUCCAAUGCGAUCAUUCUCGUUGGGUGAUCUUCCAGUAUUGAAAAAUUCCGGUUCUUCAGUUGGAUCGAGGGAGGACCAAUAGAGGUUCUAUUGAUGAAGAGCUGUUGGUCAGUUCUUGCCUGAAUUGUGAUGUCAAUGGAUGAAGGUGUUGUAUAGUAAGUUUUUUGCUGUAUAUACUAUAUAUAAUGGUUUUUAAUUUGAUGUUAGUGUUUACAUAAAUUUUUA